ACCAGGGCUAUGUGACCCAAUUCAGUUGUUGCGCAGCCCUGGCAUCGAAUUGUUUUUACGCUGGCAUUAAUUAGAAUUGGUAAAUAUACCUCAGUCAGCGUGCAAAUAAGAAAGCUCUUACGUUGCAAUCUAGUGCUUAGUGGCUUGUAACUCAGAAACCAGACGAAAAUCGACACAAGCGCUGGAAAAACAGCAAACAAAACACAUACACAGCCCCACUCGCACACACACAGCCACACACACACGCACACAUCUAUAGAGAGGUGCACACGUCAGUGCCACGAAUUCCAUAAAGUAAAAAGAACAACAAAAACGCAAAUUUAAAGCUAAAGACAAUUCGAGCCGAUCGAAAGCUGAUGUUAUAUGCUAGCUAUAUGGUAAACCCUCUCUCGUUGCAGUCAAUGUCGAUAGCUAGCGCUCCGCAGCCACCGUGGAUAUAUAAUCGGUCCUUCAGAUAGCCAGUCCGCAUAUAUAUUCCCGAUUCCCCCCGAUUUGUGUUUUUGUUUGUUUUUGGUUUUUUUUUUUUUGUUGUUGCUGCUGCUGCAUUUGGUCCGGUACACUAGGAUAGUUAGUAAUAUUUUGUAAUUGAAACGACAAUGGCGGAGGAUUCGGGUGCUUUGGAGAGCUUCUACGAUUUCUCCAUCGUUCAGCCCGACGAUCACGAAUAUGGCGAGGCGGAUAUACGCUUGGCGGGCAGCUCCAACGAUCUGUCCUCGUUACAGAAUGUAUCCGCCAGCACAACGAGAGGCACCGAAGGCAAGGGCCGUUUGGACAGCCUGAAAGAGAAUCUGUACAAGCAGCAGGAGCGCCUCACUGCCUUAAAAGAACGCGCCUUAAGGAAAUCCCAGGAUGGGCGACACAAGUCUAGCAUGAGUGACUCCAUGGAAUCGCUUAAGACACUGGGUCAGAAGCUCACUGUGUUGAAGACGCGCUCCGGCGACUCUUCCACUCCACUGGUCUCACCCACAAAGGAAAGCGACCCCAGUGAUGUCUCUCUACUCCAAACCAGUGGCAGCGAGAAGCUUCUGAUGCUCACACAGCGCACGGAACAAAAUCGUGCCUUGUUGGAGCAGCGCAAGAGGGAUCUGGCCAAGUCUCUUCUUUCUGUAAAGUCGAAUAUUGGCCACCAAACGACAGCCGAGCUGGGCUCUUCCAUGACGGACCUGCGACACACGGCGUCUGCCUCCAAUCCACCCGUUUCCCGCCAUCGUUCUGCCUUGGACUUGGAGGCCCAGGGUCAGGAGGCGGUGGACGAAAGCCGGGUGAAGUUGCUCAGGAGUCGUAUGAAGUUGACGGAACUCAGGCAGGGCCGUCAGGAACAGGAGCUACAUGAAUUGCGUACAGAACUGGCCAAGCGCGCUGAACUCAUCGAGCGAUUGGAACUAUCCGGUGCGGAAUUACAGCGCACGCUCACCCAGCGAAACGAGGAGUUGGAGCAAUUGCGUGUGGUCCAGGCCGGAGAGGAUAGCCUGAAGGUGCAGGAGAACUCCCGCCUCCAGGGAGAAGUUUUAGUCCUAAGAGAACGACUAACAGAGCUGGAAAACGUUAACGACCUGUUAGAAACGACCCGCUGUGAACUUCAGGAAGAGCUGACCACGGCGCGCGAAAGACAGCGUAAUCUAGAGUUGGAACAAGAGCAGGAAAAGGCUUCCCGCAGUCCCCAAUCGGAGGCAGCGUCUACCGAUGCACAGGUGAGCGCGGAGCUCGCCAAACAGCUCCAGGAGCUCACCAACCAGCUAGCUGAUCUACAGGCGACUAAUGAGGAGUUGCGUCAGCAAGUUGCUGUCCAGGCGAAGCUCCAGGUGACCGAUGAGAUUGUUUCCCAGCGCCUUGAAGAACUGGAAGCCACCAUAGCGGCGCAGCUUCUAGAGCUGCAGGAACAGAAGUCGGCAAUGGCUGCCCAAAACGAAGAACUCGCAGAAAAGACAACGGAACUCAAUGUGCUCAAUGUAAAUCUGCGUCUGCUUGAGGAGAAACUCGCGCAAAGCAGUCGCAGUAAGCCCCUAUUUCUGGAGGACCAUUCGGAGGACAGUGCCGCCAGCAAGCAGAUGCAGGAGGAUCUGCAGCAGCUGAAGCAAAAGCUGGAUGAAACGAACAAGGCCAACAUAAAGCUAAAGCUGAAAUGCAAGCAGGCGGAAAAGAAGCUGCAGAAAUUCCAAUCCCAAGAUGGCCAACAGCAGUUGGCUUCACUGUUGGCUGAUAACGAGGAACUGCAGCAGAGGAUCGCCGUCCUCGAGGACGAGAAGGGGCAAUGGCAGUUGGCCAACAUGCAGGAGGACGAUCGCCAGCCAGAGCAAUCGACGGAGUCCAAUCCACUGCAGCUGGAAACAAUUCGUUUGCUGGAAGAGCAGAAAUUGGAAUUGCAACAGGCCCUGGAGGCCUUACUCAGUUCAUCCAGUUCAGCGGAAUCCAUUGAAAUAGUGGAGCGCCAUCACUUAGAGUGCCUAGGCCAACGGCGUCCGGCCAGCGAGGGCGACGCCCAGGAGCAGAAGCAAGUGCAUCCACCAGGACCCAGUCACGUCAGCGAGCUCACUCAAACGGAACACACUGAGGAGGAGGAUUCCUCUGGCGAAACUCUUUCUCAGCUUAGAGAACGGCUCGAACUUUUCACCCAGGAGCGCGGAGAGGUAUUGGACAAGCUGGAGCAAUUGUCGGCCGAGAAUUUGCAACUCCAGGCAAGAUUGGAGGAAAGUUCAAGUUCCCUUCAGCUGUUGCAGCGUGAACGUGAGAAGGAUCUGAUCUCCUCCACGUCCACCUCAUCCAACCUCUCGCAGGAACUCAGUUCAAUGCAACGCUCCUCCGAAGUGGUCGCAACACUGGACGCUGGCGAAGGAGGCCCCGUGCUCUUUGAGAAAUGCGAGAAAUCCCUGAGCAAACUCAACUCUGAAUUGGAGGCCUAUCGCAAGGCCAACGAUAGGCAGGCCAAGUUCAAUGUGUCCAAGAAACUGGCGAAGGAGGCCAAGAACUGUCACACCCAGUUGAGCGAACUUCUCCACAAGGUUAAGGAAGCAAGCACCGCGGUAGAAACUGUUACCGUUGUGGAGACCGUGGUUGCCGUGACCGCUCCCAAUGGAAAAGCUCUUGCGGAAUACGAGCAGCUAAACGCACAGAACGCGGAACUCAAGGCGGUGAUCUCCCGUUUGCGCCAGGAAUUGGAUGAAUUGCGGGAAAGCUAUCCUGAAACCGAAGCGCCAUUGGCCAUAGUUGGUUCCGAUGCUCAAAAAGAAGAUGAAAUCCUGCAACUGCAAUCUCAGCUGGAGGACGCUCGCUCCGUGCAGGCCGAGCAACGCCAGCAGAUCGAAGAGCAGCUAGAUCAAAUCAGGGAGCUGCGUCAAACCGAAGCAGAACAGGUGCAAUUGGUGGCCAGGCAGAGUGCCGAGAUCACACAACUCCAGCUGCAAUCAGAACAAUUUGAUCAGCUGCUCAACUCCAAGGAAAUGAGCCAUGAGAAGCAACUGGAGCAGCAAACAAGGAUUCGUCGAGAGCUAGAGGCCCGAGCCGAAUCUCUGGAAGGCGAGCUGAGUAUCCUACAGACUCUAGUUGCCGAGCAGAAGCAGCAACUCAUUGAGAGUGUCAGCGAAAGCGAGCACGCUCUCAACCUUAAGAUGCUGGAACUGCAAUCAGCACAAGAGGAGCUUCGCGAAUUGAGAGCCAAAGAGGAUCCGGAUCAGCUCCGAGAGGCACUGCGCGUUAGCAAAAAUUUAGUUGCCCAGCAGGUCAGCGAAUUGACCUCCAGCCAGGAGACUGUCGAUGCCCUGAACCAGCAAAUCCAGGAGUAUCAAGGAUUAGAACAGGCCCACAAAGAGGAGCAGUUCAAGAACCGCGAACUGCGCGAGAAACUCAAGAAGUAUGCCCUUAACCUCAAAAAACGCACACAGGACAAUGCCGAUCUCGAGCAGAAGGUCCAGGAGCUUACUAGUCAACUUCAAGAACAGCAGGAGCUCGUCAAGCAGAAAGAAGAGGUGGAACGUGAACCCAUCGUCGACAACCAUCGGGUGGAACAACUGCAGCAACAGGUCAGCAAGCUUAACGAAGACCUUAAGGCCAAGAUCCAUGUCAACCUGGAAAAUCGCGAUGCCCUGCGUCAGUUAAAGCAGCAAAUCCAAGAGCAGGAGCAACUAAUCCAAGUACGUGAUGCAGAGCUCCAAGAUGCCAACCUGGUAAGCAAGGAGUUGCGACGCGAGCGCCAAGAAGCCGACCAGGAAGUCUUUCAACUGGGCCAGGAGAACUCCAGACUCAGGGAAGAAAUCUCCAAGCUCCAAGAGGACAUCCGUAAUCUUGGACAGAGGGUAAAUGAAGAGCCCACUGCUGUCGAGGAAUUGCGUCGUCAAUUAGAGGCAAAAUCGAAGAAAUUUGAAAAGUCCAAGGAGUUAAUUAAGCUUCGUAAUGCCACGAUUCAAUCGCUCCAGCGUGAGCUACAGCAACUGCAACAGGAUCAAGACAGCGAGGUGGAUCAUGUGCGGAACACGCGGGCCGCGCAAGAGCAACUGCGUCUAGAAAAGGAUGCGGAGAUUACUGCGCUCCGACAAGAGAUUCUUAAGCUGGAAAACCAAAAGAGCAGGACAGCUGGUGAAGGCGAUGAUACCAUUACCAAGACCUCACAUCAACUAUUGGAAUCACAAUCGCAACAACAAGCGGAAUCCCUCCAAGUGGCAGAGAGAGAACUACAACAGCUUCGUGUCCAGCUUACGGCGGCCCAGGAGCAACACUCUCUGUUGGCGCAGCAGUACGCCAGCGAUAAGGCCAACUUUGAGAUGACCAUCGCUCGUCUGGAGACACUUCACGAAGGGAUUCAAGCCAAGCUACAGGAGGAUGCCUCGUACAUUGAGUCGCUGGAGGCCCAGAAUACGGAACUGCAGACCAGAAGCGCUGCUCUUGAGGAACAGGCCGCCAAUCAGGCUAACCAUCAAGCGGCGUCCCAAGAUAAAGUGCAAAUACUGGAGCAACAGUUGCAGGAACAGCGCGAGCAAGAAGAGCAGCAGCGCCAACAGGAUCAGCAGCUCCAGGAGCGUUUGUAUGAGCUUGGACAACGGGAGCAAGCUCAAAGUCGCCAACUUGAGUUGCUCACCAGCGAAGCUGAAGAGAGCAGGCAGCACCUGGCUGGCCUGCGAGCGGACUACGAGUCUCUGCUGGCCAAACACUCGCAACUAACAGCCACCGCCCAGGCGGAAAGGGAACAGAUGAGCAGCCACAGCCAGGAGGAGCUGGCCGAGCUCCGACAGCAACUGGACGUCAAGGAGGCGGAUCUGCACCGUCAGCGGCAGGUUUACGAUGCCAAACUGGCAGCCAAGGCCACGGAACUCGAUGAACUCGAAUGCGACCUCAAUAGCCAUGUUGAACGAGCUGCUGCCGAAACGCGAGAUCUUUGCCAGCAAUUGGAGCGGUCCCAAGAACUGGUGAACCAACAAACUGAGGAACUACAGCGACUCAACGAAGAGUUCCAGGAGGUGGAACGCGAGAGAUCCACUUUGAGUAGAGAAGUGACACUGCUCCGUUUGCAGCAUGACAGUGCUGAGCAAGACGUUUUGGAGCUCCAGGAACUUCGCAUGCAGGCCAUGCAGGACAAGACCGAAAUGGACAACCUGCGCACUCAGAUAGAUGCUCUAUGCGCCAAUCACAGCCAGGAACUGCAAGCGCUGCAGCAGCGAAUCGCUGAGCUGGACACUCUGGGUCAGAAUCAAACUGAUGAUCAGGUCUACAUCGAAACGGAGAACAAACGGUUGGCGGAGCAGCUAAGCGAACUGCAGGCACAACUGGCCAGGCAGCAGCAGCAACAGCAUCAUCAUCCUGCUGUUCAAUCGCAGCAGCAUCCUCCACCGGCUUCACUGUUCUUUGGUGGCGAUGCUUUGGCCGCCCCCUCGCCCUUCGAUGAGAUUGCCCAACCGCUGAGGGUUUCUUCCCUAGCGGCAAGUGCACCGCCACCUAUUUCUCCACCACCUACAAUCGAGGAUCUUCAGCGCAAUGUUUCUGAUCUAGAGAAACAUGCGCAGGAUUUGGAAACGAAGCUGCUGGCGCGAAAUCAGAAUUUGGCGGAGCAGGAAGAGCGACGUUUGCAGUUGGAGCAGCGCCUUUCGGAAGUAGAGCGCCUGCUGAGCGAACGGACACAGCAGCUGGCCGACAUUCAAACGGCCAACGAGGAACGUGAUCGCUUGGCGGCACUGGAGAAGCUUAUCCAACCGGCGGCAGCGCCUACAUUGGACAUGUUCUUUGGCGGUCAAGCGGAGGAAACAGUGCCCGAUGCUGUUAGUCACCAUUUGGAUUUGGGUCUGCCGCAAACGGAGCCAGUGGUGGAACCACUGAUCCAGCCCAAAAAGGCAUACUUGUGCCAGCCAAAGCAGGAAAUUCAAGAGCAGACUGCUCAAACUAUUGAUUGGGGCGUUGACGAGGAUCCCUGGGCAAGUGCCGCCAACGAAGCGCCGCAAACCGAUGUGGAGCACCUGCACACGAGAAUCGCUCAAUUGGAGCUGCAGUUGUCCAAUGCCGAGCAGCAAAAGACCGAACUCCAGACCAAAGCUGCCAAGCUGAUGAAGCGUCUGAAGGAAUACAAAACGAAGGCAACAACGACCGCCACGCCCACUGUGACAGUGGAUAAUGAUCUGGACUCAACCAUUAUUGAGGAGCUGAAGCAUCAGCUCCAGUUGCAAGAGUCCCGACUGAGCAAAGCGGAAGAAAUAUCGCAACAGCACGCCCUGGAAAAAGAGAAGUUAGCGAAACGCAUCGAUGUACUGACAGCAGGAAACGAUCGUAUGGCCGAAAUGAAGGAGCGUCAGGACAUGGAUGUGCAAAUGUACCAGGCUCGCAUUCGGGAGCUCCAAGAAAAGCUUAGCCAACUAGACCAGUGGGGUGAGCCUGCCGCGACUGUCUCUUCAUCCUUAGACGGCGAUGAGGCGGCGAGGAUUGAGAGCCUACAGCAGGAGAUCCAGCAACUGCGCCAACAAUUAAUUGAAAUGGAAGAUGAGCGCACACGCGAUCAAGCCGAAUUGGAAGCAUUGCGUCAGAGUAGUCAAGGUUACGAUGAGGCGGAAGUCAACCAAAAAUUGGAACUCCAGCAACUGCGCCAACAAGUAAGCGAACUGGAAGCACUGCGCACACGCGAUCAAGCCGAAUUGGAAGCACUGCGUCAGAGUAGCCAGGGUCACGAUGAAGCGGCAAGGAUUGCAAUUGAGCAGCAGGAUAAUCAACAGCUGGAGCUCCAGCAGCUGCGCCAAGAAAUAGUCGAACUGGAAACUCUGCGCACACGCGAUCAAACCGAAUUGGAAGCAUUGCGUCAGAGUAGCCAGGGGCACGAUGAAGCGGCAAGGAUUGCAAUUGAGCAGCAGGAUAAUCAACAGCUGGAGCUUCAACAGCUGCGCCAACAACUAAUCGAACUGGAAGCUCUGCGCGCACGUGACCAAACCGAAUUGGAAGCAUUGCGUAAGAGUUGUCAGGGUCAACAACUCUCGGUGGACAUGGCCUCCGGGAAUGAUGAGCAAAUGGCUCAACUGCAGGAGAAGGAAUCAGAGAUUGUGCACCUAAAGCAACGCAUCGAAGAGCUUAUGCGUGAGGAUCAAACGGAGAAGCUUGUCUUCGAGAUCCUGACCAAAAAUCAAGAGCUGCAGCUACUACGCAUGCAGGUCAAGCAAUUGGAGGAGGACAAGGAAGAUCAGCAGGUGUCCGCUGCUCCUCCAAAGGACGACGGGGAGACCGUUGAAAAGCUAAAAAGCCUGUGCCAACAGCUCCAGCAGGAAAAAUCGGACAUGGAGGAGGAACUGCGUGUGCUUAACAAUCAUGUUCUUAGCAGCCUAGAGCUGGAGGAUAGGAUGAAGCAAACGCUGCUCCAGCUGGAUACCAAAAACAUUGAAAUCACCGAGCUGCGCCGUUCUCUAGAAAUCUUGCAAAGCCAAAAUCUUGGCCAGAGUCCCGCUGCACAGCAAAUACCCGAUCUGUCAGCUAUCAAUCAGCAGUGGGAACAGUUGGUGGAGCAAAAGUGCGGCGAGGUGGCCAGAAUUUGGCAGGAACAUCUCUCUCAAAGGGAAGCCGCCUUCAAGGCGCAACUUGAUGAGGUUACCCAGCAGCAGCAGAGGGAACUGCCCCAAAGUCAGCAGUCCACACAAGGUGAGGCCACCAGCGACAUAAUGCAAAAGAUGCAAAAGGCUCUGGAAACGCAGGAAAUGGAGAUUGUGACGCUAAAGGAACAGCUGGCCAUUCGUUCAGCCGAGUACGCUCGUCUAGCCGCCCAAUACGAUCCGUUCCGGCUGCAGAACCGAGGAGGAGCCAGUGGGGGCAAUCCUGCCUCGACAACAGUUUCAGCUGGUGGACCACCGUCCUUAACUGCCAACGAACCACUGCCCGAGUAUGUGCUUAAAGCGGAUCUAGAUUACGCCCUCAUGAUGCUCCACCAGCGGGACAUGCGAGUCGAGGAGAUGAUUGUGGAACUGGUGCAGUUGCUUGAGGAACGUGAUCACCUGCAACUGAAGUUGUCGGACACGCUGCGACAGCUGGAAACUGAGCGGAGUCGCGUUAGCGAUGAACCAAGUGCCACGGCAUCCUCAUCAGCCGCCUCGAGCAGCAGUCCCAGCAAAAUCAGCAGUGCGGGCAGCAACAGCGAGCUUCUGGGAACGACGAGUGCAGCAGGCAGUGACCUCAAGCAGAAGCUAGCUGAGUUGCAGACGGUGAAGCAUUCCAAGGACAAGGUCAUCGUGGACGAGCGCGAGCAGCGCCUGCAGCAGAUGCUUCAACUGCAGAAGGACAUGGCCAAGCAGGGCUCGGGAUCGCAAUCAGGAGCAGGAGCAGGGGUAGUAGCAGCAACGGCGCCAACAUCAGCAGCUCCAACAGCAAUAGGCGUGGAUCUCUCUCAAUCCGGAUUGCGUUCGCCAUCGAUGAUGCUCAUGGACUGGAUACUGGGCAACAACAAUAAGGAGGAGGAGGCGGGCCACCAAGCCACUGGCUAACCCAUUUCCAUUUCGCGGCAAGAACGACCACAGCCCGGAUUCCUACGACUAGCACUUUAAUAACAAAUCAUUACUUUUACUUCGAUUCUGGCCUUCCUUGUGCGGACAAUGGCGAUAGCAUUAGAGUUCUUUAUACGAUAUUAUGUACCUUGGCUAGCUGAAAAAGCUCUCCCCUUGGCCAUUCGAGCCGUAUUCCCGAUUUGUUCCAAACGCGUACGUUUUAUGUUGUAGAUAUGUAAAAAUUGUAUAAAACAAAACGAAUUGUGAAACGAAGCUGAAGAAAAACCAGAAAACAGAAAACUUAACUAAAGAGAAUUUAAGAACUAAA